AUCAUAAGCCAGACAGCCAGACCGAGCGCACGCACGGCCACAGCUCGCCACACGAAAGCGCCGCACACUGUUGUGAUUUCCGACAUAUUGAUCCUUUUCUCUAGGGUCUGCUAUUGUUUUGCCUACAGUCAUACAUAUAUCUUAAGCCCAAAUGGCAACCUCCAACGAUGUUGAGGCCCCACUCCUAAGUGCUGCCGCGCCUGCACCGCGCCACAGCGGCAACGGCGCGCAUUCUCAUUCGCACCAUCAUCACGACGACGAUAUCCACUCACACGCCGGCUCUGAUGAGCAUGUGCACUACUCGCACCGCCUGCCCUGGCUCCGUGCCUUCGUGCUCGGCGCGACAGAUGGACUGGUUAGCGUGGCCGCCCUGAUGCUGGGUGUGGGCGGCGGCAGCGAGUCGCUAACCACCCUGCGCCUGGCAGGUAUUGCGGCCUGGAUCGCCGGGGCGCUCUCUAUGGCUGUGGGAGAGUACAUCUCUGUCGCAUCGCAGCGCGACACGGAGGAGGCGGACAUUGAGAAGGAGCGGCAGCAGCAGCUGAAGGGCCCCGCGGCCCGCGCCCAUGAGCUGCAGGAGCUGACUGAGAUCUACAUUGGCCGCGGCCUCACGCCCGAGCUGGCGCGGCAGGUGGCGGAGCAGCUCACGGAGAAGGACGUCAUCCGCGCGCACGCACGUGACGAGCUGGGCAUCGACCUGGACGAGAUGGCCAAUCCGAUGCAGGCUGCCUGCGUGUCUGCUCUGGCCUUCACUGCUGGCGCCCUGAUACCGCUGCUGGGUGGCGCCUUCAUCACCGACGCGCGCAUCCGCCUGGCGGUGGUGGCGGUGGCGGCCACUCUGGGGCUGCUGGCCUUCGGCCUCAUGGGCUCCGUGUUGGGCGGUGCCAAGCCCCUCAUCGGGUCCAUUCGGGUGCUGGUGGGCGGCUGCCUGGCCAUGGGCAUCACGUUCGGGGUGGGACACGUGCUGGGGGCCAACCCGGGCGCGCUGUAAGGGCGCGGAAGUCGGGGCGCGCGCGCACACGUCUGCACUAUGACAGCUGGGCUUGCAGAAGCAGGCGGUUCGGCCGCCAGCUGGAAUGCGCUAUAUGUUGGGUAUCGGCUGAGGAGCUCCGGAGCUCCGGAGGAUGAGUGCGGUAUGUAAACCAGGUUGGGGCUGUAUGUUUCUACGGUAUUGCGGUUUUGCUGACGCCGCCUGUGCGGCCUGAUUCGUCACGUGCCGCAUACGUUGCAAGGUCACGUGGGGACACGACAGGCUGACGCACGUGGUGCAGUUGCGUGAAGCGGCAUGCGUGCUCGCCUGCCUUUCUGGGUUGCGCGCAGCACUUGGGAGCAGUACCACUGCAAACGCUCUUCCCGCGUGCUUGUGCGUUCGGCGUUAUUCAUCGGUAUGGCAUCCAAUGUGCGGAGGGUUGUAUGGCAUGGUCCCGCCUUAAGGGUUGCAAUGUUGCUAGGUCACAGAUAGCACAGGCGUACUGCAAUGACGGCGCAUGCGGCACACGGUUUAGUAAAGCACGAGCAUACGGAAUGCUCGUAUCGGGUGUGGAUGAUGCACCGCCUGUCCAGAACUUAAGCGAAGCGUGAUGCCAGGGUUGCUGCAUCACGUGCUUCAGCACUUGCGCGUUGAUGCGUUAGAGGUGUGGGUAUGGGCUUUAGGCUUGGCGUGGAGCGCACAUCAGGGCCCCCGAAUCCGAACCAACGUCCAUUGGGUCGACGCGUGCUCCGGAAUGUUUCUGCCAGGACAAUAAGAUUCGAUGGGUUCGCCGAAGGUUGAUUGAUGGAAUGCAAACGGCCUCAUCUCCGGCGUUUCUUCGCACUCCGAGGGCCCGUGUUGCCAUGUUGGCUGCUGUUGGGAACUCCAUUGCAGAGUGUGAGGAUUACAGCCCGCGGUCCCUGCCCGGGUGCCACGAGGGAAUGCGGUCGUUGCCUUUUUGCCUUCGAAGUGCGCUUGUCGCCAAGUCGUUAAACGUAAUGUAAAUGCGAGGUAUG